AUGACGAAGAGCCCAGCCAGCCAACACUCGGCGGAUGAGUCAAUCCGAGAAGUACAGGACGAUACGUAUGAUGAGCCUGACGACCAAGAAAGAGAUAGGAUCGAAGAAGAGUGGCGCAACAGCAUUCGCAUGAAGGUUGACCUUCGACUUUGCAGCAUCGCAGGAAUCUUGUGCUCGCUCAAUCUACUCGACAGCGGCGUGAUAUCCAGCGCAUCCGUUACGUCGAUGCUCAGCGACCUAGACCUGGACAUCGGUAAUAGAUACUCGGUCUCUAUCUUCAUCUUCACAAUUGCAAGCAUUGCUUUCCAGUUGCCGUCAACAAUUGCUGUGCGCACUUUUGGUCCGCGUAUCUGGUUCGCCUUGAUCACUUUCUGUUUCGGCAUCAUUACACUGUGCACGGCUUUCGUACAGACAUGGCGGCAAAUGAUUGCACUUCGCAUCCUGCUUGGUAUCGCCAUGUCGGGUAUCUACCCCGGAUUGACUUAUCUCAUCUCGACAUGGUACACGCGGAAAGAGCAACAGCUUCGCUUUGCCCUGAUGCAGAGUGGAGAAGUCAUUGUCUUGGCAACGGGUGGUAUCGUCAACUUCGGGCUCAACCAGCUUGAUGGCCAAUAUCUCAAGGGAUGGCAAUGGAUGUUCGUCGUGCAAGGAAGCAUCACUGCGUUCUUUGGCAUCUUGACCUAUUGGUGGAUGGUCGACUUUCCCGAGCACGCGCAGAACUCUUUCUACUUCCUCACGCCCCACGAGAGCGCGUUGGCAUCUUCUCGCAUUCAAAAGGACCGAGGCGAUGUCAAGCCUGACGACUUUGCUUGGUCCAAAGUCUUUGUUCACGCCAAAGAUGCAAAAGUCUACGGAUUCUGCAUCCUUUACUUCCUGCAGAACCUUGUCUCGACGUCGCUCUCCUACUUCUUGCCCAUUAUUCUGCAAGGCGGAAUGGGCUUCUCUUCUGAUAAAUCGAUCUUGCUCUCUGCGCCGCCUUAUUACUACGCGGUUCUCCCCGCCAUCUUGUCCUCGAUCAUCGGCGACAAGUUUCAGCUAAGAGGGCCAAUCAUAGUUUUGAACUGCGUCUCUCUAAUUAUCGGGUUUUGCAUGCUGGGUUUCUCAGACCAAGUCACAGUGAGAUAUAUCGGCACCUAUCUUGCGACUGGAGCAUACGUGGCGAACUGGGCUGCCAUGGCGACUUAUCAAGCGAACAAUAUCUGCGGCCAGUGGAAGAGGGUGUUCACGGCCGCGAUGGUCACAGCCUUCAACGGAGCAGGAGGUAUUGCUGGAAGCUUCAUUGUCAGACAACCGGAGAGUCCGAGGUAUAUGACGGCGAUUUGGGUGAGCAUAGGGAGCCACAUUUUGAUCAUUGGACUAGUUGGUGUGUUCUCGGUGUUCUUCUACAUUUCGAACAGGCGGCAGACUAGGGGAAAGCGACUAUUGGAAGGGACGGAGGGUUUCAAAUUCACCUAUUAG